UGGGUAGGUUGGUCGAUGAAGAAAUUGUAAAUACGAUAGGCAGUAAUAAGGAUCGCAAUGUUUACGAGUCUAUAUAUAGUAACCUUAACUCAGAAAGCUUCAAGUCACCCAAUACAAUCAAGUUUUGUCUGUUUGUCUUAAGUUGAUUGAGUAUAAUUUGUUUCAAUAUGGAAUCCAACUGUGUUCAGUUUCUUGGGGACAAGACGAUUCUCAUCACCGGUGCUCCUGGUUUUCUUGCCAAGGUUCUAGUAGAGAAAAUUCUGAGGUUGCAACCAAAUGUGAAGAAGAUGUAUCUUUUGUUGAGAGCUUCCGACGAUAAGGCAGCCAUGCAACGCUUACGUAGUGAGGUUGUGGAGAUAGACCUUUUUAGGGUGCUGAGGAAAGAUCUAGGUGAAGAGAAUCUGGAUAAAUUAGUGCAUGAAAAAAUCGUGCCAGUUCCCGGUGAUAUAUCGGUUCAUAAUCUGGGAUUGAAAGACCCUGAUCUUUUACAACGGAUGUGGAAUGAGAUUGAUAUCAUCAUCAAUAUCGCAGCAACAACGAAUUUCGAUGAAAGAUACGAUAUCGGUCUUGGCAUCAAUACAUUCGGAGCUCUCAAUGUUCUCAACUUUGCCAAAAAGUGUGUUAAAAGACAAUUGCUUCUCCAUGUCUCAACCGCAUAUGUCUGCGGAGAAAACAAAGGACUAUUCCUGGAGAAACCAUUCAAGAUGGGGGAGAGUCUCAGCGGGGAUAAGAAACUAGACAUCAAUGUAGAAUUCGAAUUGAUGAAACAGAAACUGAAAGAGCUAAAGCAUCAAGAUUGUACUGAAGAAGAGAUCUCACAGUCGAUGAAAGAUCUUGGAAUGACAAGGGCAAAGCUUCAUGGAUGGCCAAAUACAUAUGUAUUCACCAAAGCAAUGGGAGAGAUGCUAAUCGGAAGCUCUAGAGAAAAUUUACCACUUGUUAUCAUUCGUCCAACAAUGAUUACUAGUACUCUCGCCGAGCCGUUUCCUGGCUGGAUCGAAGGAUUGAGAACAAUAGAUAGUGUGAUUGUUGCAUAUGGCAAAGGAAGGCUCAAGUGUUUUCUUGCGGAUUCAACCUCAGUCUUUGACCUUAUACCAGCGGACAUGGUGGUAAACGCAAUGAUCGCAACCGCAACAGCUCACUCUGGAGAAACCGGGAUCCAGACCAUAUACCAUGUCGGCUCUUCUUUUCAGAAUCCGGUCACGUUUGGACAACUCCAUGACACCGCGGCUCGUUACUUCACUAAAAAACCUCUGGUUGCUCGCAACGGCUCACCAAUCAUAGUAUCAAAAGGAACGAUUCUACCCACCAUGGCUCAAUUCAGCCUCUACAUGACCCUUCGUUACAAGCUUCCUCUGCAGAUACUUCGGUUGAUUAAUAUCAUUUACCCAUGGAGUGAAGGAGAUAAAUACAAUGACCUUAGCCGCAAACUCAAGCUAGCUAUGCGACUAGUUGAGCUUUACGAGCCUUACUUACUCUUCAAGGGCAUAUUUGAUGAUUUAAAUACCGAAAGACUGCGAAUAAGAAGAAAAGAGAACAUCAAAGAGAUGGAUGGAUCGUUCGAAUUUGAUCCCAAGUCCAUCAACUGGGACGAUUAUAUCGCAAACAUACACAUUCCUGGCCUCAUCACCUAUGUUCUUAAACAGUAAAUUAUAGUAAUUAUGUGCUUGAAUACUAGUAAAAUCGUAUUGUGAAGUAUUGAAAGGAGUUCGAAUCAAUCUCCUGUGUAAUAUCAUUAUAUAUAUCAACGCAUUGUAUGAAUAUGAUUAUAUAUGUCACUAUAACUGAAUUCUA